UCUGAGAGACUAGAGAAACUGAAUAUAUUUUUGUAGUUUUGUCACCUAAUUAUUCUGAGGUAAUAUCCAGGAUAUAUUUAACUGAUGCUUCAAUUCCUUUGGGUUGACUUUGAGGAUAUUGACUAAAGGACAAUUUAAGGAAUUUAAAAAGAACAGGGGCAUUCUUAUCCAACAACGGUGGAAUUGAAAACUUAUUUGGAAGUAACUGAAAUACGUGGGAAGAUGGAGCCCUCUCCCUCUAUGAACUUAACAAUACAGGAUGAGGAGGAUCAACAUCCCCUCCUUCAAUCAAAAGUGGUCCCUCUCCCUCCUGUUUUUGGCAACCAGUGCAGAAGGAACCACUCAUGUCAAAGAGGGGAAGAUCACUCAGUGUGGCUCGAUGGAACCCAGUCACCACCCACCCUCCAAUAUUACAAUGGCUGCCAAUAUGUCUCACCCUCACCCCACUCCUCACCCCGAAGGGGAGACGAUAAGGAAAAGGUUAGGGGGAAGGAGGUGCGCAAGGAAAAGAGAGGCGAGAAGCCAGCGGGAAAUGAACAGAAUUCUGGGCACAAGGAACGGAUUUGGUGUAGUAAAGCCAAAAAGGCAAGCCCACAGAGGUGCCAGCAGGACAUGAAAUCCCCUCAGUCACCCUACAACAGAGUCCGCAUGUCUUGUAUGGACUUAAGGGAGACAGAAAGUGGGCCACCCAGUGAAGGAGGUCAAAGGCUAGAGCCCACAUCAAUGGAGAUGCAAGUCCGCCAGAGUCUACCCGAGAUUAUCAUUACAACCAAAAACGACUACCAGCCAAAGGACUCCAAUCAAACAUCCAGCUCUGACAAGAAUCACACCAAAUCUGAGGUCAAGGGCACCUAUCGUGGAGGUGAGGAGAGCAGUGGUGCAGAGCCCAAGGAUGGUCCCCAUGGCUGCCCUCACAAGAAGAACCAGAGCAUCGGUCAUAGGCUGGUCCGGCGAAGGGCACUGUUUGAGAGGAGGCAGAGGCUGAAUGACUGUGCGCUCGCUGUGGGGAUGUUUGGAGUGGUGGUCAUGGUCACCGAGACAGAGCUCUCCUGGAGCGUCUACAGUAAGAGCUCCAUAUACUCUGUGGCUAUGAAGUCUAUUAUCAGCCUGUCCUCUCUUAUCCUGCUGGGCCUGAUCAUUGCCUACCACAUCUGUGAGGUGCAGCUCUACAUCCACGAUAACGGAGCAGAGGACUGGCGAAUCGCCAUGACAAUGGAACGAGUGACUCUGAUCGCCCUGGAGCUGUUUGUAGCAGUGGUGCAUCCGUUCCCGGUGGGUCUCCCAUUGUCAUGGCAAGCCAUGUCCCCCACGCUGUCAGAGACGGAGCUCGAGAUUGUGCUGGCUCUGCCCAUGUUCCUGCGACUCUACCUCCUGGGUCGUGCCUUGAUGCUGCACAGCCGACUUUACACAGACACGGCCUCGCGCAGCAUUGGCGCCCUCAACAAGAUCCACUUCAACAGCCGUUUUGUGGUCAAAGCGCUGAUGACCAUCUACCCUGGCACUGUGUUGAUGAUCUUCAGCGUCUCUCUGUGGCUCAUCGCUGCAUGGGGCCUUCAUGUCUGUGAGAGACACCACAACUAUAAGGACCUGAGCAGUAACUACAUGGAGGCCCUGUGGAUGGUCUCGGUCACCUUCUUGUCCAUUGGUUAUGGGGAUGUUGUUCCCCACACCUACUGUGGCCGCAGCAUCUGUCUACUCACUGGGAUCAUG